AUGCACUCUCGUUAUCGAUCAAUAGUACUACUGAUCGACCCAGAGGGCGGAAAUGAAGGGUGUCCAAGAAAAGGAGAAGAGCGUCAGGUAUGCGGCCAAGAGAUGAACUUACGCCUUCUUCAAAGAUUGGCAGCUCAAAGAGCGCCAGAAGAAGAAGACGCGUCGAAAGAGUUUCGCAGGUGCAAUGUGUUGGCAGUGCUAGCGAAAAGGAGGGCGGGUAAAAAGGCGCAGUGUCAGCGAGUAGUAAAUGACGAUUCGCAGGGUAAAAGAGGCGGGAGAGCGGCGCCAGGCGGACGAGAGGCGCUCGGUCCAACCAACCCCGCCAAGCCCAGACCCACCCUGUCGUUUUCCUCGCCAAAUUCAUGCAUGCUUCGGUUCCUGCGGCUACGUGACGCUGGCCAGUACCAAUACCGUGGUAAUCUUCGCACGCCCGUCAAUACACACCCGUCAGGACACACCCGAGUCACCGGUUUUGUAACGAGCCGGUUUCAUCCAUGGUGGGCAAGCCAGCACCGAAGUACAAAAAGCAAGAAGACUAUGAGGCAUUUUGGAGGUUGGCUACCACGGCGGGCUAACCUCCAUCUUACUAACCCGUCCAGAGCAAAGAAAGGCUGUCAGACAAGGGAGGGCGGCUACUCAAUGAGAAAGAAUGAACCCCCACGAGGACAAGACAGCGCAGGAGCCAGGACAGGCAUCAUAGCGGCACGAGCUGCGACUGUUGUGUGUGGGAAAGUUGCCCUACCGACCGUCGGGGCGGGUAAUGCCAGGCUGGGCUUAAAUCUGGUGGUUCCUGAUCCGGAAAGCGAUGGUCUUGGCCCUGUGACGUUAUCUCAGGCUGAAGCAGUAGUAGGAGGAACUUGUGCGAUGCCGAUGAUGCGGGCCAGAACUACAAACUUGCUUGCUUGCUACAGACAUCACUGGGAACUGCGAACCAACUGCAAGCGAAGUCUCGACGAUUCUAUCCCACGACUGGCAAUGGGACAAGCAGGUGGUUUCCAUGUCUUCGAUCUGCCACGCUCAGCUCUCAAGGUUGGUUCCGAGAACCUUCUUGUCUUUCCCCCGGGUAACUCCACAGUGAUCAUCCCAGGGAUGGUCACCCAGGUAGCAGCCAAUUCUGGAGAUAGAGUUUCGUCUCAUCCAGCAACUUAUCCCAUCCUUCCCUUCAGGCGAUCGUGCCGUCUUUCCCAGACUGGAUUGAGUUGGAAGAUGGGAAAAAAGCAGUAUGGUGAUGAUGACCAGAUCUAUGCCCGAUGGCAAAGCGCUGAGAGAAGCGCCGGGCGGCGGUUCACCGAGCUCAGAACCACGGUAGCGAUCUCCAAAGCGGAGACCAUCGAGCGGGCUAAUCCCACCCCCAUCCACUACUACACCAACGGGCUUACAAUCAGAAACCUGCACAAUUCACGGCCGCUGAGGAUGGGGGGCCCAGCUAGACUACCAAACGCCUCACGAAGCCUUGAAGUGCUGGGACAAGCUUCAUGCGAUUCAGGGAUAACCCCCACUCACUUCCCACAAUCGCAGCAGCCAAUCUGCGCGUCUCGGGAGUACUUUUCUUUUGCUGUUUUUGCCCGCUUUUAA